AUGCAACUCAAGAAAGGGUUUUUACCCAUCUUCGCUGGCAUGCCGGUCCUCCUCAUAGCGUGGAUCGUCGGCAAUGCUUAUGUGCACUUCAUUCUCCUGUAUCUCACUACUGACGAAAUUGUCUUCGGAGAAUUACCUAAGUACCAGACUAUAGUCCGCGAUAUGGUAGCCUACAUGCUCAUCGAGGAAGUGGGGCUCUACUAUGUGCACCGCCUGUUCCAUGAGUGGAAGGCUGGCUAUAGGGUGGUACAUAAGCUCCAUCAUAAGUUCACAUCCCCUGUCCCCCUACAAGCUCUACACUGUCACCCGCUUGAUCAAGUCAUCAUUAACUUCACCCCUCUACUCGCCGGACCACUAAUAAUGCAAUCUCAUAUACUAACCUUCGCUCUGUGGAUAACUUUCUCCUUCGUAAACACGCUGGUGUCUCACUCGGGAUAUAACUUCGUUACUGUAAUGAACCCUGAUAUGCAUGACCUACACCAUGAGCAUCCCGAGUGUAACUACGGUUAUCUUGGGAUCCUCGACUACCUACACGGUACAUACCGCGUUAGGUUAAAUGAGGUUAGACGUGACCUUGGUGACAAGAGUUAG